AUGAAUUUCAGACGAGAUUUCCAGUUUGAUCCAUUCUCGGAAGAAGCCGCGCAAUUCGGCAACCAAGAUGAUUUAUCCAACAUUGACUGGUCCAAUCCCAUGGAAUUCAUGAAAUCUCUAGGCGGUCCCAUGCCCGAGUUUGCAUCUCCUGACAAGGUUCGAAAGGAAGCUCGCGAGUAUUCAAGAAACAUCUUUGCCAGCUAUGAGCUUCUUAAUCAGAUACUGCAACGCCACGAGGCCACUAUCCACAAAAGAUGGACUGGCAAGACACGCCAACAACGACUCCAGAUCCUUCUCAAGGCAUGGCCAGCAAUGUCGGCACCUCAUCGUCCUGACUUUGAGGCCUUUCGUCGAGAGUCAAAUCAGCAGCGAGAGGGCGGUUCCAAGUUCAAGGACCAAUUCAUGUGGCCUUGUAUCAACCAAGAAGAUCUGUUGCAGCCGAGAAUGAUGCUUUUGUUGCUCAAUGCCCGAGGCCGAAACCCACCUCCGGUCUUUGCCGCAGUCGACAAUAACGCGAUGCAUCUUGGUCUAGUCACCAAAGCUUUGGUACCUGCCUUUCUCAAUGAGCACACCAUGAUUCUACAUGGUGCCGCUACAGCGAAUGAUUACGGUAAACUUCUCGAAUGGGAUUCGCACCCUGAUGCUUUCGAUUGGAUGCACACACGCAAGCAAUUUCUCCCUGGUGAAGGACUCCUGGUUCUCGAAUCACAGGCUCGCUUGAUGUCAUUUCUAGUCGACUUCUGUCAGGAGAUCCUCCACGAGGUCUCAACAGCUACCAUAACUAGCGACGCAUAUCCCAUCCAACCUGAACCAACUUUGAAGAAUGAUGGGGGUACCUCUGGAUAUACCUCCCUGGCAGUCAUGGCCGCAGAAGCACCAUAUAGACUGCCUCUAAGUUUUGACCUCGACCGCGUUGCCUCCCUGCUGGAAGCUCAGAUGUUGGCAGCAGAAGAUCACAUCUGGUCACUACGCGAAGAUCCAGCAUACUUCAGUGACCAGUUCCGCGAAAUCCAAGAUCACCGGCAGGAAAUGCUGCCUGAUACCCAAGGAAACCCUCAUCCUGUCACCCAUAGGCUGCGCGAGCAUACGCUUUGGUCAAGGGUCAUGUUCGCCAUGCUCAUGGAUGCUUAUUCGACCCUGGAUGUUAUAACCGAACUGCAUCGCCAAGCCCGCCAUCUGAGCAUGCUCCAAAAGAAAUAUGCCAAACAAAUCAAGCCUACAGAGGACCUUCCACAAGACUAUCUUAUGGCCCUUUUACGCUUCAGAUUCUUUCUACAGCAGACGGCCAAGGGGCCAUUAGAUCAGCUAAAAAUAGCUGUUCCACCCUCUCCUCCAAUGAGGAAAUUCUUUGUCCGUGAUCCUCCAAUUGAUAAAAACUCUACAAAGAUACUCGUUAUGGGUCGUCGAGGUGUCAAAAUGGACAAGGUCGAGACUCAAUUGAUCUGGCUUCUGCAAACCUUGUGGGAAGAUGAUCGAAAUCUCUUCCUCGCACAAUUACCGAUCAUAGUGGAUGAACUCCAGCGCCUUCUCCAAGCCGAGCCCAAAGCUGAUGCCCUCAUAUCCACACAUGUAGCCAAGGUCAUCAGCGAUUUGGCCAUUCUGGCACAGUGCCUUAAGCAACUCGAACUCUACCAGCCGUGGGCUCAACAAUUCGAGAUGAUUGCAUUCGAGUAUGAGGAGGAUUUCAAGAAGCAUUUAACUACGCUUCAGAAGCCAGUGAAAGAACUACACGGUGCAUUCAUGAAGAAGAGUCUGGAUGAUGUUGCUAAGCUUGCGGAACCAUCGGGUGGAAAGUUUACCUACCCAUAUAGCAAACGUCGUACCAAGGAGACGGUUGAUACUUUGCGGCUGGCCGAGUCGAGAUUAGAUGCUGUCUGGGCCAAGAUCGACGAUUUGACAAAAGCAACGGUGACCAACUUUAAAGACACGAGUUUAUAUCGUCUGUUAUCUCAGCCUCGGACUUUGAGGAGAACUGCAGAGUGGGUGGAACCCGAACAGGGCAAAGACAAGAAAACCCCCAGUCUGGAUAAGGAUCUCUGGUCUCUCGAUCGACCAAUCUCUAGCGUAUUCUUUAACGUUUCAGAGCAAGCAACACGAAAAUUCGACAUGAGCGUUCAACCAAAAACCAAGACCAAGACCAAAGGCGAGCCUAGGAUCGAAGAUAGGAUUUCUCAUAUGGCUCUAGAACCUGAAGUGACGGAACCCCAACAAAGAUUUCCUGUUGAUUCACGAGCUUUAAAGGUCUUCCGUACGAUAUUUUUCAACCCUGAAGUUACAUCUACCCCAGGGUCUGUUGUAUGGAAUGACUUUCUUUAUGCAAUGGCAUCUGUAGGCUUUCAGAUUGAAAAGCUGUAUGGAUCGGUUUGGCAGUUUACACCUACGAAACUUGAUGUCGAGAGAGGUAUUCAUUUUCAUGAGCCACAUCCAAAAGGGAAGAUCCCAUUUGAAGUCGCGAGACGACAUGGAAGGAGAUUGACUAGGGCGUAUGGUUGGACUGGUGGGGUAUUUGUUCUGAAGGAAAAGUAA